CUUCGAUUGUGACGCCACCGUGUUUGGGAUUGUGACGUCGCUUGUACACGUCGCCUAGCAGGAUGUGCUCGUCGAAGAUGGCGAUUGUGUGUGAGACUUUCAGACCUACUAUCUUGUAGGAAUUCAUAUUUAAUUCGCUUUUAUAUCAAGUACUAUAUUUUGUAUUCGUUGGGAGACCCGGAUUCAGAUUAUUCAAGCUGAGAUUUAACACAGCUUUGUGCUGGAAUAAAGUUUCUGUCGACUGGAAUCAAAACGGCCAUGCAGCCACCUCCUCGAGCUGAACCCCCCGGGGCUGCCGCCCUCCCACCUGUAGGGGUCCCCAAUGUGUUUCGGAGAAGCAGUCCUUACAGCAGAAGGGCGAAUGUACCAAUGUCAGCGGCAGCUGCACCUGUGCCACCAAUGACAGACCCCUUUGCGUUCGGCAGGCAAACCCCUCAAAACACACCUCUGGGAAAUCCUCCCCCUAAGAGCAGCCCUGUCCCUGUGCAAGGACCGCCUCCUUCAAGUUUCACACAGCCAGGCCCAAUCCAGAAUCAGUUUGCACCCACACAGACAUUAGGUAGUACCCAGGGCCUCCACUCUGUACCAUCAUCAUCGGCUGGAGUUAACCUCUUUACCUCAAACAGCUGCGUGGCUCCAUCACCCCUGCCAGGACAUUUUAAUAACUCAAACAGAUUUGCCUCGCCAACCCCUCAUGUUGGAGAACAGGAACAGCUUAAAUCCAGAGAACAUUCACCCUUUAACGUGCAAGGAUCACAACAAAAUAACUUUGUCGGUCCUCCUCAUGCUGCAGCCCCUCUCCAGAACAGACCUCCUUACGGACAGGAUAUCAGAGGAGAUCCCAUCUCUUACAACCCCACAGUACCUAAUGCAAUGCCGUUCCCUGCUCAGAACAUGCAGCCAGCAGCCACUUCAUGGAUGCCGGAUUACGGCAGUUGUCAACCUUCGGCCCAAAACUACUUUCAGCCUGGUGAGCAUCCAGCCCAGCAGUUUGGUGUUCCUGUGCCAACCUCAUCCCCAGCUAAUAUACCAUCUCAGACACCUCCCCAAAACCAGAUGCAUUCAGAACAACAACCCCAGGUUGGGCAGCAAAAUAUGACACCUUUCCUAGGUUUUGUUAACAGUCAUCCGCCACCAGACAAAACAGAAGGAAGUAAUCCACCUGUUUCCCAACACCAUAACCCUCCAUUUCAAUCUCAAAAUCACUUCAGUCAAAACUAUGGGUCGUCUAAUACCUGGUUUAACCAGCCACACCAAGAGCAUUUCUACCAGCAGCCUGGUGCGGCAGAAACCAACUUCCCUCCUACUAAUACCGGACAAGCAGGGCUUCCACCAGAAGGCAACCACAUUCCUUAUGAAUCAGAUACUGGAACCGUUUCAAUGUUUUUCAAAGGUAAUGAAGUGGAAAAUGAAGAAACUCUGGCAAGUGAGAAGAAAGCCAUGAACAGUGUUCCCGGUGGAGAAUUGUUUCUGCAAAGCCAGGGUCAGCCACUAAUGGGUGUUGAUGUGGCACAGAAUGCGGCAGGAGUCCAUCAAAGUUUUGAUCAUUAUGUGACCGGCCCUAUUAAUGCACUGUCCAGCUGUGAAACGGGCCCCUAUCUGAAUGACAGUGCUUUUGUAAGUGAACCCCAAAAGAACGCUGCGGUGCACUUUGACAAUGUGGAAAACCUGGAAUGUGCACCUAAUCUGGAGGUUUUACCUAGCAACCCACUCAAUAUCCCACCAAUGCCUCAAACUGUUCCUGAAGGUGCAGGGCUUGGACCAGUCCCAGGCCAGGAAAAUCUAAUUCCCCACGUAGCUGAUAAUUUUGAAGGGGGGCCCAACUUGGAGACUCCAGAUUCUGUUCUUGAUCGUCCUGUGCGAUCUGAAAGCGUCUCUUCCAGCUACAGUAAUGUAAGUCAUGGUAGCGCAUCUAGUUCCAGAAGACCGCAAGGAGUGGUGGGAACAUUUAUACAACAGGAAAUUGCAAAACCCCCUCAAGAAGUCUCUGCCGGUUAUUUUGAGCAAGUUGAUAGUUCUCCUGCAGGAGAUGCAGUCGUACAAAACGCUGCUAACAAUGUGUAUCACAGACAGCUUUCCCAGCCUCCAACACCUAGCCCUCCCAAACCAACAGGAAUAUUUCAAGCUAGUGCUAACAGUUCCUUUGAACCAGUCAGAUCCUACUCAGUUGGAGUUAAACCCGUUGAAGUUGAUCAAGCCAGGAUGGUGAUGGAGAAAAACAGUGGAGCGCAAAGCAAUGUCCCACGUGGGGCAGUGGUUACAGACGCAUCACCUGGGAAUCUUGAACAGCCACCUGACAACCUGGAAAACAUAUUUAUGCCCACAGGACAGCCACCUGUUGGUAGCCCAAGUAAUGUGUUACAGCCCAUCAGCAAGCCUACAGUAGAAACAGUUCAGCCACUGCCUGAUAGAAGACCAUCUUCUAGAGCACAUGCUCCACGCUUGAAAUGCGAGAGUCCUGCCACUACCCUGUGGGCUCAGAAUGAGAUCAUGCCACUGAACAUUCUCUUAGCUCCAGCUGCCCCUCCUGUUCAUGUCUUUAAGCAGCCAAGCAUGGAGAUUAUUCAGCCCCCAGAAGAUAGCCCUUUGGAUCAACCAUUGGAGCAGCAGGCUGCCCACAAAACAUUUAUCUCACAAAAGGCUGAUGUGUCUUCAGAGAAUCUUGAGAACCCUCCUCAAGGUGGUGAGGGUGACCAUCUGAAGCAGCAGGCAAGUUUUGGUUAUGCAACCCUGCUGGUCUCUUCACCUCCCACCGAAUCAUUCCAGAAUCAACCAAUUUUGAUUGCCCAUCCUACUCAGAACUACAGUGUGGUUCCUCCAAAUAAUCCUCCUGUUUCUUUACCUAAUCAAACUGAUCAAGUUAGCCUAAGUGAACCCUUAAAAAACCAAGGAGUCGAGGACAUGACUGUGCCAGUCAGCCAGGCUCCUGGAAUUAAUUUGACUUCUGGAGCCAAUGCAGUUCAACCGGGGUUUCUAUUGAGCACUUCCAUGCCUAAUUGUCAACCACAGUUAAUUUCUGUCACACCAAGUUUAUCUGGAAUUGUCAGCAAUCAGCCAAUAAACUUGUUAAUUCAGCCGCCACCUAAUCAAAAUCCCCUUAAUUUAACACUAGAUAGUAGACAUGGCAUGAAACCAGCAGCAGAAAACACUUAUGAGUCAGCAGCCUGGCCAUCAAAUCAGGCAGCAGCUACUGAUCCUUCCAAUUCAGCGCUUGGUCAAAAGGCGAAUCUUUCUGUGUUGGCUAAUAAUUCUCAAAGCCAGCCUGCUGGUCAUCACCAAAACGCCACCAAUCAUGUACUCCUUGAUUUUACCAUGCCCCGUACACAGGCCAACCAAAACCAAGAUCCUAAUCAAACCAAUCUUCUGUCUUCUGCUGGUUCACAACCGCCUCCGCCCUCAUCGCAGGGCUUGAGGCAAGGUGCACAGGCCAAUAAUCCAACAGGUUUUUAUCUGCAGGUUACCAAAGAUGCUCAGCAGUCAGCUGGGACUGGACAGGCACCUCAAAAGCAAACGGCUCCAGCUUCACAGCAGACUGCUUUAAACCCCCAGCAGUCAGCUACUCAACCAGGGUUCCAUGUAAAUGAAGGCACAACGCCAACCCAAAGCGUGCAGGGUCCAGGACCUCAAAACAACCAGUACCCACAGUCUUUUCCUUUGGUACCUGGGCCUCAAGGAGUGGGAGCUCCUAAUCCACCAAUGGGAUAUGGCACGACAGGGCCGGGUGGCACACAGCACCCCAUGUACCCUCCACAGCUCUCCAGUUCACAGCCGCCUUCAUUAGUCAGUUCUUCACAGCAGCCUCCUCAAGAUCUGCAGCGGCCAACCCCUUCACACACACCUCAGCAGAUGUACGGGCCGCCACCUCAGCAUCCAGCAGCAGGGUAUGGGUAUUAUGGUGGUGGGGCCUAUCCUGAGUAUCCAGAUGGCAGGCAUCCUUAUCAGCAGCCCUAUCCUCCUGGUGAUCCACGGACUGCUCAGCCAUACUAUCAGGAGGAUCCAUACAGAAGGUAUGACCCUCGUUACGUUCGCUAUGAAGGGUACAAUCCAGGAUAUCGGGAAGGGAACAGGUCUCAGUACCCUGAACAGCAGGAGCGCCCCAGUUCUAGAGCCAGCCAAUACUCGGACAGACCUUCCUCCAGACAAGGCUAUUCUGAAGACAACUAUCUGAAGGGUGGCCGAAGUGCCUAUGAUGAUUAUUAUGCAGACUACUAUAAAAAACAAUAUGACUAUGGAGAUCGCAGCCAAUGGGACCGUUAUGAUCCAGCUUCCUAUGACCCUCGAUAUAGAGAAUACUAUGAGCAGCAGUACUGGUACAACUAUGACCCUGAGGCUUACCGACGAAGAGAGCAGUACUACAGCCAACAGUAUCCCAGACGGGAAGGAUAUGAUGAUCGCUGGCAGUAUGAUCCUCGCUACGACUCCAGCUUUGAUGAUGAGAAUGCUCACCCGAGAGACCCCUAUGGGGAUGAGUAUGACCGACGCAGUGUCCACAGUGAACAGUCAGCCCACAGUGUGCACAGCUCACAUAGUCAGCAGAGCCGCCGAAGCAGCUUCAGCUCCCGCUCACAGCAGAGUCAGGUUUACAGAAGCCAGCAGGACCUUGUCACUGCUGGAUAUGAAGCCCCGAGCCAGCCUGCCGCUCCAGCAGAUUACUCCUAUGGACAGUACACUGACAAUGUAGGAGGCCAUCAAGGAUUCACAGACUAUCAGUACCCAGCAGAAACAGGAUGGCAAUCUGUUGAACAAGUGCCUCCAAGACCUGUAACUCCUGAGAAGUUUACAGUUCCUCACAUAUGUGCCAGGUUUGGUCCAGGAGGUCAAUUAAUUAAAGUUCUGCCCAACCUACCUUCUGAAGGCCAGCCUGCUUUGGUGGAAAUACAUAGCAUGGAGACCAUGUUACAGAGCACACAAGAGCAAGAAGAUCUGAGAGCAUUCCCAGGACCUCUUGCAAAGGAGGAAACCCAUAAAGUUGAUGUAAUCAAAUUUUCUCAGAACAAAGCUAUGGAGUGCCUGAGAAACGACAAUCUGCUUGAUAAAGAUUCUGCAAGUCUAAUCUGGGAGUUCAUUGUAUUGCUCUGCAGGCAAAAUGGGACUGUCGUUGGAACUGAUAUUGCUGAUCUCCUGCUGCGGGACCAUAAGUCAGCCUGGCUGCCUGGAAAGUCACCAAACGAGACGAACCUGAUUGAUUUUAACAACGAGGCCCUGGACCGAGCUGAGGAGGACCCUGGCUCUGGGCAGCUCUCCCUGCUCUCGGACACUUUCAUGAGUGUUCCUGAAAACGCAGGCAAAGAGACGGAGCGCUUCCGGGAGCUUCUCCUCUUCGGCCGCAAGAAGGAUUCUCUUGAAUGUGCAAUGAAGCAUGGAUUAUGGGGGCAUGCGCUAUUACUUGCCAGUAAAAUGGAUAGCAGGACACAUGCAAGAGUUAUGACCAGGUUUGCUAACAGCCUCCCUAUUAACGAUCCUCUACAGACAGUAUAUCAGCUGAUGUCUGGUAGAAUGCCUGCCGCAGCCACUUGUUGUGGAGAUGAGAAGUGGGGAGACUGGAGGCCUCAUCUGGCUAUGGUGCUGUCGAAUCUCACUAAUGCCUUGGACCUUGAUACUCGAACCAUCUCUACUAUGGGAGACACUCUUGCCUCAAAGGGACUGAUGGAUGCAGCUCAUUUCUGUUAUAUGAUGGCCCAAGUUGGAUUUGGUGUUUAUACUAAGAAGUCAACUAAACUUGUCUUGUUGGGGUCUAAUCACAGCUUGCCGUUCUUUAAGUUUGCCUCAAAUGAAGCCAUUCAGCGAACAGAAGCAUACGAGUAUGCACAGUCUUUGGGCUCCCAAACCUGUUUACUUCCUAACUUCCAGGUAUUUAAAUUUAUAUAUGCCUGCCGACUAGCUGAGGUGGGACUUUCUGCUCAGGCUUUCCAUUACUGUGAGGUCAUUUCAAGAACUGUCCUCAAGCGGCCAUCCUACUAUUCACCUGUAUUCAUCAACCAGCUCAUUCAGAUGUCUGCAAAGUUGAGAUUCUUUGACCCUCAGUUGAAGGAAAGACCUGAGCAGGAGUUGUUUAUUGAACCAGAUUGGUUAGUUCGACUUCAUCAGCUGGAUGACCAGAUAAAGGAAGGUGCAAUCUCCUAUAAUUCAGACCGAGCCACACCCCAGCAGUAUGCUUGCAGCACCCCCAGCUCUGAGUUUGAUCAUACCAGCCAGACAGAUGGCAUUGGAUUUCCCCAGGACAUGACCUCCAAUACAUCAGAGAUCCCUCUAAUGACAUCGUUGAUGCCAAAUGCAGGACCACCAGUGCCUGGAGUGCAGCUUAUGCCACCAGCUCCUCAGACUAUCCUUGAUGGAGCAAUGCCUUCGGUCCCCUCCCCACAGUAUGCUGCAGAUGUCCCAUUUAAUCCAGGUCCUCCUCAAAUGCAACCUCCAAUGCAGGGCUCUGCACACCCCUCUCAGGGUCCAAUGCAGGGCUAUGCUCCUCCAGCCAUGAACCCUGACCCAGGCUUUGGUGCACCUUAUCUGCCAGAACAGUCUGUUUCAUACACAGGGACCCCCUUGCCUCCACAAGGGUCCCUCAAUGAGGCACUGCCGACUGUACCAGAGCAGCAACAAAACCAUCAGCCAGUGGAAAGGCGUUUAAGUUCCCUGCCAUCCUCACCGACCAGAAAUGCUUUCCCUCCGCAAGGACAUAUGGAUUUCUAUGACCAAAUGGUCCACAUGGCCCCAGGCAGAAGGUCCAGGUCUACUUCUCAGUCUUCAAUGCACAUGGGACAUGGAAGACGGUCUCGCACAACAUCCGAGUCUUCCAGUCACUCAAUAGGACGUGACAGAAGAAACUCUGCUGGAAUGCAGCCCACCCCACCUCCUCCGUCGAUUCCAGAACAACCAACACGCAAACCAGAACAACCGAAGAAGGACUCGCCAAAAAAGGGCGGGGGAGGAGGAUGGCUCAGCUGGCUGACUCGAAAAGGAAAAAAUGAGGCUCACCUACCGGACGAUAAAAACAAAUCGAUUGUCUGGGAUGAGAAGAAACAGCGCUGGGUUAAUCAAGAUGAACCUGAAGAAGAGAGCAAACCACUUCCACCACCUCCCCCUGGUUUCCCAAAGAUGGGUCCACAGAUGGCACAAAUGGGGCCUGGAGGGCCACCCGGCAGUGGUCCCCAAGUUAACAUGUUUUCAAGGAAAGCUGCAGGUACAAGAGGUCGAUAUGUUGACAUUCUCAACCCUGGAGGAGUAGGUACCAAGCCUCGUGGUCCUGCCCCUGCCCCAGCAGAUUUGUUUGCACCUCUGGCACCGAUGCCCAUCCCUGCAAACCUCUUCGUCCCGAGUGCAGCUGCUGAUGGUGGACAGUCUAUGGAAGGCAGCAUUGCUGAAGCGGAACCCCAUACAGAACAGAGUAACAUGGACACACAGUUUAACCCAGCAGCUUGCCCUCCUGGCUCUGAAGCACCUGUAAAUACAGACGGGACACAGUCUGGGGAGCUCUCACGUUCUAGCUCAAUGAGUUCAUUAUCACGUGAAGUGAGCCAGCAUUUCAAACAGGCUCCUGAUCAGCCCCCUGCUCAUGGAGGUCUACCUGCAGGAGGUGUCACUUUCUAUAACCCCUCUCAGUUUAUGCAGCCAGCAGGACCAUCGGCUGGCACGAGAGCGGGGAGAUUCAGCCAGAGAAAAUACCCAGCCAUGAAGUAACAUCUGCCAGCCUGACUCGUCUACCCUUUCAAGAAAACAAUUAAUUCCCACGUACAGUCAAUAAUUCAUUGUGACAUUAACUAUUAUAGGAAUGCAAAUUAAGAUAAUAAAACAAUAUCAAGAUAUUCAUCCACAGUAGUUUUUUAAAGUUUAAUAUUAUUGUCUUAAAUCAGUAUGUAACUAUUCAAUAUAACUGUCCAAUCGGGUCCAUCAGAAUCCAUAGGUGAAAUAAUUGUGAAUGUCACAAUGCCGUAUUGAUCUGCAUAUUGUUCAAAAUGUAAUCAGCAUUUGUCACACACUAAAAAGCUAACUUGCUCAGAAUAUUGAACAAGAUGAUUCGGGAGCCAGUAGUUUUACCAUCAUAGACAAUUAGUAAAGCAAAAUAUGACAUGUUUUAAUUUAUUGAAUGCUUUUUAUUGAACUAUUGGUGAAAAACAAACUUGUUACCAUUGAGCACAAGGACCAUGCCCCUUGUAUACCAUUCCUCAAUACACAAAUCAGUGCCCUGCUUAAAUCCUUCUUACAACUAUGACUAUAAUGAAGACUCAUCUUUUUUUCUUUUUUUUUUAAAUUUGAAUUGAAAUGAAUCACCUGUUUUUAUCCUGUAUGUAUGUAUGUAGUUCAUUUUGUGAUUCUAUAAGGCUGCUGUCAAAACAAAUUGUAUAGCCUCUCUGUAUAAUAGGCAACGCUUGAACAUCUGGAAGGGUGGAUUGUGUGAUUUUUUUUUUUUUUUUUUUUUUUUUUUUUUUUUUAAGUGCAAUAUUAUAUAUGCUUUCUCUUAAGUGAUAUUGGUAAAGUGUCAUUAAGAGGGGGGAAACGGCUUGACAGAAAUGUGAAAGUGGUUGUUUACCCAUUAUGAGUGUUGGAAUGUGAUUUGUAAUUACCUGCCCUAUAGUACCUUGUCAUAAUUAACCACGGUCUUAAUUGAUCUGCUCUAAAGUUUUAACCAUACUAAAGUAAAAAGGAAGACCAGAACCACGAAAAACCAGUGUUACUUUGGCAGAAGGUACCCGAAUUCAACAUCAUUCGAAUUUAUUGUCGUAAAUCUUUUCAAACAUGUGUAUAUCAGAAUCAAAUUGUAUUUAUGAUGUGUGGUCAAAAGAGGUGCAAAGCUUAUUAAUUAAUGAAUUAAUCUAAUUUAACAUGACUAGGAAAAACUGUAGAGUAUGAAAUUCUAAUCCUCGGUUGUACUUUUUUCAACAUAGUACCAAAAGUUUUCAAAGCAUCUACCAGUACAGAAUGAACUUAAACAUUUAUGGAAUGUUAUUGGAGGGAGGAGGAGGGGGGCAUAAAAUAAGACUUCCCUUUUUGGUCUUCCCUUUUUUGAUUGGAUUGUCAACAUUUUUUUUUUCCUGUCAUUCUAAAUGUAUCUGGAUCUUUGCUUUCGUGUAGUUCAUGAAGCUGUAUCUCCAUGUAGACUGCUGAAUACUUUUAACUCAGAAAGCUUCCUUUUGUUUAAAGAAGCUCUUAUUUUUCCUAAAAGUGUUUGAAUUGACACUGUAAGAUUCUUAACAAAAUAAUAAAUAAAUAUUUUGCGCUCUGGAGCACUUUCAAAUGA